GUACAGUAUAUAUAACUCAGUUGUUUAGCCUGACAGUGCAGUGAAUGAGAAGAGAGUGAGGGAGAAAGGGAGACAGACUUUCUCUCUGUGUAUGAAUUACAGAGAAAGCAGCAGAAAAUCAUAUAAUCUUUUACAGGACUGGGUUUUUCUAUUGGAUUACAAACAAGAAGAGAGAUUUUCACAGAAUACACAUACAAGGGUAGAAAUGAAGCUUCUAGCGGCCAUAGCAGUGGUGCUCCUCCUGGUGGUGGCGGAGAGUAUGGCGGCCAGAGGCACAUCCAGGAGGACCAAGAGGGAGCUGAUGAGCCCGCUGCACAUGGGGGGAAUCAGGGACCCGUUUGGGUCGUACUGCGAGCGGAGAGGGGGCUGCUGCCCGGGCCGGGAUGACCAGUGUACGGUGCCCUACCUGGACACCAUCUGUUACUGUGACCUGUUCUGUAACCGAACCAUCUCAGACUGCUGCCCUGACUUCUGGGGCCACUGUCUGGGCAUCUCACCCCCUUUCAUUGGCACCUGUGAAAGGAACAGCCACAAAUUCCUCUCAGGACAGACAUACAAAGAGAACUGCAACUUAUGUACGUGUGGAACAACUGGGCGUUGGGAGUGUGAGCAGCAUGCCUGUCUGAUAGAGAAUGACAUGAUCCAGGCUGUCAACAGAGGAAAUUAUGGCUGGCGGGCAGCAAACUACAGCCAGUUCUUUGGCAUGUCAUUGGACGAGGGCCUGAGGUAUCGCCUGGGGACACAGAGGCCCUCCAGGACUAUCAUGAGCAUGAACGAGAUGCAGCUGAAUAUGGACCCUCAGAAUGACCGUCUGCCUCAGUACUUCAACGCAGCAGAGAAGUGGCCUGGAAAGAUCCACGAACCUCUGGACCAGGGCAACUGCGCUGCCUCCUGGGCCUUCUCCACUGCAGCGGUGGCAUCUGAUCGAAUCUCCAUCCAGUCGAUGGGUCACAUGACCCCUCAACUGUCGCCCCAGAACUUAAUUUCCUGUGAUACACGCAACCAAGGGGGCUGUGCUGGAGGCCGUAUCGACGGAGCCUGGUGGUACAUGAGGCGCAUAGGUGUGGUGACAGAGGAGUGCUACCCGUUCUCUGCUCCCCAGCAGACACCAGCAGAGGUGGGCCGUUGUAUGAUGCAGAGUCGCUCUGUGGGCAGAGGGAAGAGACAGGCUACUGCACGCUGCCCCAGCACACACACCUACCACAAUGACAUCUACCAGUCUACACCUCCCUACAGGCUCUCAUCAAAUGAGAAGGAGAUCAUGAAGGAGAUUAUGGAUAACGGCCCAGUGCAAGCCAUCCUGGAGGUCCAUGAGGACUUCUUCGUCUAUAAGAGUGGAAUCUACAAACACACAGACGUCAGCUUCACCAAACCACCACACUACCGCAAACACAACACACACUCCGUCAGAAUCACAGGGUGGGGAGAGGAGAGGAACUAUGAUGGGACAACAAAGAAGUUCUGGAUCGCUGCCAACUCGUGGGGGAAGAACUGGGGGGAGAACGGCUACUUCCGUAUCGCUCGUGGUGAGAACGAGUGUGAGAUUGAGGCGUUCGUGAUCGGUGCGUGGGGUAGGGUCACUAUGGAAGACAUGCAGAGCCACCAUCACCGCCGACUCAAGUAGAGACAUGCACUCCAGGAACUCAGCACCCUCUUCCCCUACCCUGAGGGAGCAACUCAACUAGCCCCAGAGUGUCUACCCUUCAGCCCAUACCCUCUUCCCCUCCCUACCCUGGGGGAGCAACCCAACCAGCCCCUGAGGCCCUGCUCUUACUCCCUUACCCCCACGCCAAAAUUUGGGGGAACAACUCAACCAGUUUCCACUCUGACCUUUGGGGGAACCAACAACAACCACCCCAAGAACUUCAACUCUUAACCCCUUACCCCCUUGCACCCACCUCCCCUUACGGCAGCCUAGGGGUUUUGAUACCCCAACCGCCCCCCCCAACCCAACUCAAGGUUGAUGGCACCAAAACAAGCUCCAGGCCUGCAGGCUGAGAGAGGCUUCUCCAUACAGCCUCCUCUGGCUUCAGGACACAGCAAUAAGCACCUCAGGACUCAUUAUUCCAAAGACCAUCCUUCCCAGACUCCUCGGCUUCAGCCUGGCAUAGACUGUCUACUUCCUACUUCUGUUCUUAAGUCUUCACUUCCACUGCUAUAAUGAUGAAAGAACUGUCUUGAUCUGAACUCUCUCACUCUCCUCUUUCUCAUUGUGUAGCUCUUCAUUUGGCUGCCAUGACAGAUGGCUAUCCAUUUGGCUGCCAUGACCGGUGGCUAUCCAUUUGGCUGCCAUGACCUGUGGCUAUCCAUUUGGCUGCCAUGACCGGUGGCUAUCCAUUUGGCUGCCGUGACCGGUGGCUAUCCAUUUAGCUGCCAUGACAGGUGGCUAUCCAUUUGGCUGCCAUGUCUAUCUCUGGUCCUGGUUAACCCUCUCUCUGUGUUUCUCUGUUGUUGUGUAUUUUGAAAGCCAACCCCUUAGGGACAGAUUGGGAUGGGGAGAACCAGAGUGAUAGAGGGGUAGAUGAUACAGGCACCAGACUGGGCAGUUCCCACAACAAGAGACGAUAGAAACUAACAAUCUACUACAGUUUAGUUUAACGUUAUCACUAACUCUUAGUCUAGCUACUUACAUCGCUGAUUAAUGUAUUCCUAUUACUGUCAGCAGAUCUAGUGCAGUUGCAGUAGCCAUGCAUAUCUUCACAUGUUCCAAAAAUGCAGAAUCUUACACUGGAAAGGGUGUUGGGCUAGAGGUAGGUGGGGUUGAGGGUUUAGUGAGCUGUCCAUUUGACCAAUAAUUCAUUUAAUUAAUUCAUUUACCAAAGAUUGCUGUUUUCUUUUUAGGUUAAUUGCACAGUACAGUAUUGAGUUUAAGCAAGCUCUGGAAGUGAAACUCAAUGCCAAAUUUCUCUUGAGUUUUCAGUACCACAUAAUCUAUCUGUUUAUGGAAGAGAUGGUGUCAAUCUUCCAAUGAUAUCAAAUCAACUUCGAUCUCAUGACCAUGACAGCUCUUGACUGAAACCAACUGCUUGAACACAACUUUUCAUUAGAAAUAAUAUUAGUGGAUCAGCCGUUUUAUAAAUCUCCCUUAUUACUAUUUAUAAAGUAUGUAUAAAAGCAGAGAUGAAGCUUGUUUAAUAUGUGUGGAUGUGAUUGUAGCAAGCGAGGAGCUUAAACAGCCUUUGAAAAACACAUUCCAUUUAUUAAAUCAACUGGUUGAUAAAAUCAUAUCUUGGAAAAAUAUGAGAUCGAUUGAAAUAACAGUGUUGUCCUUUUGGUUUGAAGAAGGUGAAAUGGUCACCACCAGAUGAUGCCAGAGACAGAAGAGAAAGAGAGACACUUGACUCCCUAAUUCUUUUCUGAUCGGGGUGGAGCCACUUUGGGCUACUUAUUGGCCCGUCUCACUUUUUCUGGUUUGGUGGGUGGGACGAGCAAGAGUGGACACUAAGUAGACCAGAGCCAGCUCUUCCCUCUCUCAUUUGAGCAUGCCAGACAUUAUGGAGAAGCUGUGAGCUCACACAGGAAAGCAUGUUCACGCAAGAGAGGGAAUCGUGACAAAUUUUUUUCAAUGGUAAACAGCCUGAGGAAACCAUCUAAGUUAUCUACUAUCUUUGAUGAUCCUUCAACGUGACAACUUUGUGGGUUAUCAAAUGCCUUAAUGAAAUAAGUGCAGUUUUUUUGGGAGCCUCUGGUUGAAAGAUUAGACCCAUUGUGUAUUAUAGUCUUAAUCUAUUUCAUUCUGUGCAUUUACAUUUUAGUCAUUUAGCAGAGGCUCUUAUCCAGAGCAACUUACAGGAGCAAUUAGGAGUAAGUACCUUGCUCAAGGGCACACCGGCAGGUUUUCCCCCCACUUUCGUCGUGCCGGGGAUUCGAACCAGCAACCUUUCGGGUUACUGCCCAAUGCUCUUAACCACUAGGCUACCUGUACACAGUGUUAUGGUUAUGCUGAAAAUAUUCUUAUUGUUGCUGUUGUGUAUUAGUUGCUUUGAGAUAUGUUUGUCUCCCACACAAACUCCCCCCUCCCCUGACCAGUUGCUUUAAAGCAGGGGUGUCAAACUGCUUCCAUAAGAGGCCAUACUGUCUGCUGGUUUUAUAUUUCAGUAAAGACCUAGAUGACCAGUUGCUUUAAAGCAGGGUGUCAAACCCAUUCCGUAAGAGGCCAUACUGUCUGCUGGUUUUAUAUUUCAGUAAAGACCUAGAUGACCAGUUGCUUUAAAGCAGGGUGUCAAACCCAUUCCGUAAGAGGCCAUACUGUCUGCUGGUUUUAUAUUUCAAUAAAGACCUAGAUGACCAGGUGAGGGGAGUUCCUUACUAAUUAGUGAACUUAAUUAAUCACUCAAGUACAAGGGAGGAGUGAAAACCCGCAGACAAUCAGCCCUCCGUGGAAUGAGUUUGGCACAUGUGCUUUAAAGGGUGCUCAGGAGGUGCAUAUUCUUCUGCAAAAACACACACAAAUCAAAAGGUGAGGAGGUCGCCACACUCAGCUGCCAAAGUCUGUUCAGUGCUGUUUCAUUGUAGUUUUUUUGUCAGUUUGAUGGUAUAAGCCUAAUAUCUCAGACACAACAUGCCACUAACACUUCAGUAUUUACCAAUAGGCAUGUGUAGGCAUAUACAACAGACUCAUUGUGACGUUUCAAAGGUUGUGCAUCUCCCCAAAAUGUUUAAGUAGGUAGCUCAAGCCUCAACUGAAGCCAGUCAACACACAGAUUCUGAUAUACUGAUUUAACUUGAUAUUACCUUAUGUAAUGUUGCCCCAGGUGCUCUUUUUAUAUUGUCUCUCUAAUUUUGCUCAAAUUUGAAAUAUAGUUUUGUCAUUAGUUUUUAAUGUAUCAGAUUCCAGAGGUGCCAACUGUCCUUUCAGAGACAACAUCAUAUAGUCUCACUCCACAAUAAACUGCUUGGCUUCCCAGAAGUGAUGUAUUUUCAACUGUGACACCUUUCCAAUAUGGCUUCCAGUUGUCACGUUGUUACUGUAACUCAGCCAAGGCUCCUAUAAGCCUACACCAUUUCAUACAUUUCAAGUAGGCCUUUAGUUUUAAACCCCCAUUACAACCAUCACCUCUGAGAAAAGGACAGAGGCGCAAGAAAACAGACAUGUGGAUGGACAAGCAAUGUUCAAUGUGGAGGAAGGUUAGGCUAUAGGAGGUAGGGCAGACAUAGCCGCAUGUUGUGUGAACCAUGUGGUCUACAGAAUAUUUACUUUCACUUCAAACGGAGCGAGAGAGGAUGAUGGGGGGAUGGUGAGGUGCAUCAUGGGUUCACGAGGCAUGACAGUGCAGAAAGAAUGGAGAACAGAAGGGAGGUGGGGGUUGAGGGGGGGACUGGGGAGGGAGUCAACAGAGCUGAAAACGGAUACGAUGACAUCGUGUUGUUUAGAAAAGAGUACACCAGAAUACUUUACCACUAUUUAGGGCUUUGUUAAGCCAGUAUCGCUGAAGCGUUAUAGAACGCUCGAUUUUCUGCAAUAUGUAUUGAAUAGAGCCCUCAGUUGUGUUCUUCACUUGACUUUUAAUCCUUUAUAGGUUCUAACCCCUGAUGCUUCAAUAGUCACAUGAUGGACGGACUCAUGCCAAACAUAGCCACAGUUCACAGGAGGUUGGUGGCAACUUAGUUGGGGAGUACGGGCUUGUGGUAAUGACUGAAGCGGAAUCAGUGGAAUGUUAUCAAAUACAUCAACCACUUGGAAACCAAGUGUUUGAUGCCAUUCCAUGUGCGCCGUUCCUGACAUUAUUAUGAGCCGUUCUCCCCUCAGUGUAGCCUUCACUGCCAUAGCUAUGCAACAAAUCAACAAGUGACAGCUGAUGUGCAACAUCAUUUAGUUUUUUGGUAGACAUUACAUAAUUUUAUUGCAUUCAUAAAAUGUCAUGCUUUUUGGUUUAAUAAAAACAAAUCAAUUGUUAAAAUUGUGAGUUCUAAAAGCAAUAUGAAAGGAAUCCGCUAAUGCGUUGCUAGGCAAUAAAGAAGGCUACAUGUCAUUGUGUCAUUUCUUACAUUUUGCAAGAUAUUAACAAGUAGAAUUGGGAGGUGUUUCCGCAUGAUUAAUUUAUUCUAGAUUUUACAUUACCGUUAUAAGCUACCAUAACUGUUCAUAGACCUAGUAGUUUAUUGGUGCAAGUCAAAUCAGUUUUAUCCUUUAAAAUAAUGUUAUAGUACUAUCCCAUUAGUCUAUGAGAUACAGCCCCUAGCCAAUGAAAAACCCCAGGGCUCUGUCCCAAAUGAAACCCUAUUCCAUAUACAGUAGUGCACUACUUUGACCAGUGCCCUGGGACACAGCUAGGCCUACUGUAUAAGGUUAUUGUCAAUAUGUUGGCUAACCAGAUGGAUCCUCAUUCCCAUGCAGUCAUCCAGAUAGUUAUGUCCUUAUAGGGAUAAACCAGUGAUAGACAGAUAAGCCUGUCUGGAUCAAUGGGACGAGAGGAGAAGGCGAUUGGAUCCAAGUCAUGCGGAGGAAAGGAAUUUGGCCAAAGCUGGAUCCAAGUUGGUCUGACUGUUCUUUUUUAGUUUGAGUGAAUCAUGAGUGUGAUUCACUGGGUUCCAUCUUUAGUCUGCCUAUUCAAGGUGCCCAGAUCUGUAGAAGACACUCUCUCGAGUCGAUUAAAAAUGAGAUCUUUGUCAGUCUUAAAAAACUAUUUGAAUGGUAUUCAGGGGUUAAAGUUACUCUGACAUUAAAGAGCUACUCACUCAACAAAACAUGUAUCUUAUACUAUAGGACUCCUUCAAAACCACAGAACCCCAGUCAGAAGUUGGGUAUUCAAAGUCAAAGACCCACUUCAUAUUCAUUGAUACAUAGACUUUAUUUAUGACAAGAUGUAUAAAUGAUAUAUUUUAUUUUCUGUGCAAUGUUUAUUAUUAUGAUCUGUCUCUUGUAUUGUGUGCACUAAAUGAAACCCCCCUAUAGUUUUUACCUGUGUGGCACAAUAAAGUCUCUUAAAACAACCA